CUAUUCGGAAUCUGCCACCAUCUACUCAGCGUGUGACGCGACGAUCAACUCGCAGAGGCAGCAGCACCGCUUCGACGUCGUGCGUGCCUGCUUUCGAAGGACCGACAUCGUCUCUGGUUGGCCAGGAGAUGUCGUCCUCUUCGUCACCAUUCUUCCAUCCUCCACCUCAACAAGUGAUGGAUGAUACGACACAGCAAUCGCCCAGUUACUCACAAAACUCGAAUUCUCCAUCACAACAUACGUUCGAGUCAAUGGAACCUGCUGCUGGAGGAUCAACGUCGAUGAGAUAUUCACCAUCGGGAAGCUCCGAAGCAGACAAUCCGACACUCGGAUUGUUUUCUGCACAAGCCUCUUAUCCAUACUCCCUCCGAAAACGUCGGCCUUGUUUGACAAAGGAUGAGGAUUUGUGCUUCCCGAUUACAGCUGCAACAGCUGAUGAGACACCUCAACCCACGAUGAAAAAGUUCAAGCUGGAAUGUCUUUCACCUGGCGAAGCUCGAGAUUUCUCGAUUGAAGACGAGAGCGGCACAAACCUGGAAGCCAAAAUGGAGACAACGGAAUGUGAACCAGAAGAAGAGGAGGCGGUGGAAGAAGAAGAUCAACAAGAUCAUAUCAAUAGACUCCCCGAAGAACUUCUUCUCAAAGUGUUUUCAUUUCUUCCUGAUAAAUCGCUGCUUGCAUGUAGUUCAGUCUCAUACCGAUUCAAUCAAAUUUCGAAUAGUCAUGAAGUGUGGAAGGAGCUGUAUUGUAAUUUAUAUGACUAUCGAAUUCCACUUUUCCACCCAUCUCAUGCAAAAUUCGAGUUCCGGGAACAGAGCCGUUGGCGGGAUGGUAAUCCAUGGAAAGAGUCCCAUCGACAGCUUCAUCAUGGAGUUCAUGUGAUGAAAGAGCCACGGGUCAAUCUUCGAUCUGUCAACUAUCGUUGUUUCGAUCAAAUUGAGAAGGCUCAAUCGUUCUUGGAGGAGGAUGAGUAUAGAGAGAAACUUAUUUUCUUGCACACUGGUGUUCAUGAGCCAAUCGACACAAUUCUCAUCAACACAGAUGUGCAGAUUAUCGGAGCAAGUGACUCACGAGAUAUCACAUCUUCGGUUGUUCUCGAAGGAAGUAAAAAUACCGCAUUGACAUUCACUGAUGGAAGUGCAAACGCGUAUUUCGGAUUCAUCACAGUCCGGUUUCGGGCUGAUCCAGUGUGCAGGCAGCAGCCACAGAUUGCUCAGCAGGCUCAACAAAUGAAUCAUUUCUAUUCGAUUUUAGUGACUGAUAAGGAUGCAAUGCCAUAUAUUGAAAGAUGUGAUAUCACUUCGAAAGUUGGAAAUGGUGCAGCUGUAUGUGUGAAGAAAAGUGCGGCUCCUAAAUUCAAAUAUUGCACAGUUCUUGAUUGUGAAAAUGUUGGAAUCUACAUUACUGACAACGCCACCGGACACUAUGAGCACUGUGAAAUUGCUCGAAAUACUUUGGCUGGUGUCUGGGUGAAAAAUCAUGCGAAUCCCUACUUCCGAAAGUGUACAAUUCAUUCUGGAAAGGAUGUGGGAGUUUUCACAUUUGAACAUGGUCAGGGUUACUUUGAAAAGUGCAAUAUCCAUUCAAAUCGGAUAUCUGGCAUCGAGGUGAAAAAUUCGGCAAAUCCGGUUGUGAUUCGAUGCGAAGUGCAUCAUGGUUACACUGGAGGUAUCUAUGUUCAUGAGAGAGGACGUGGCCAGUUUAUGGAGAAUCGGAUAUAUGCGAACGCGUAUGCAGGUAUCUGGAUCACUUCGCAUUCUGAUCCGACUAUCCGAAAGAAUGAGAUUUUCACUGGACAACAGGGUGGAGUCUACAUCUUUGGUGAAGGACGAGGACUCAUCGAGCAGAAUAAUAUUUAUGGAAACGCGUUGGCUGGAAUUCAGAUCCGCUCACAAUCCGAUCCAAUCGUAAGAUUGAAUAAGAUUCACGAUGGAUUGCACGGAGGAAUUUAUGUUCACGAGAAAGGAAGAGGAUUGAUUGAAGAGAAUGAAGUUUAUGGAAAUACGUUGGCAGGAAUCUGGGUAACAACUGGUUCAAGUCCAAUUCUGCGCAAAAAUAGAAUUCAUUCUGGAAAACAGGUCGGAGUAUACUUCUACGAUCAAGGUCACGGACUUCUUGAAGAAAAUGAUAUUUUCAAUCAUUUGUAUUCCGGAGUGCAAAUUCGAACGGGAUCAAACCCAAAAAUCACAAGGAAUAAGAUUUGGGGAGGUCAGAAUGGAGGUGUACUCGUGUACAAUGGAGGAAAGGGAUGCUUGGAAGACAAUGAAAUCUUCGAUAAUGCAAUGGCGGGUGUCUGGAUCAAAACAGACAGUGAGCCAACUCUUCGACGAAACAAGAUCUACGACGGAAGAGAUGGCGGAGUUUGUAUUUUCAAUCGUGGUAAAGGUCUUCUCGAGGACAAUGAAAUCUUCCGAAAUGCGCAAGCUGGUGUUCUCAUUUCAACCGAAUCGAAUCCAACUCUACGAAGAAAUCGAGUAUUUGAUGGAAAAUCGGCGGGAAUCGAGAUCACGAAUGGAGCGACAGCUACACUAGAAGAAAAUCAAUUGUUCAGAAAUAAAUAUGGAGGACUUUGCGUAGCAACCGGUGUCACUCCAGUGCAACGUGGAAAUCGUAUCUAUGACAACCAUGACACAAUUUCUAGAGCUAUCAAGACUGGCCUGUGUCUCUUCAAAGUGAGCAGCAACAACAGUUUUCCGAUGCACAAUUUCUAUAGAUGUACCACGUGUAACACGACGGAACGUAAUGCGAUCUGCACCAACUGCAUCAGAACAUGCCAUCGUGGUCAUUCUGUAGAACUUGUGAGGUUCGAUAGAUUCUUCUGCGACUGUGGUGCUGGAACUCUCGAACGGCACUGUCACCUGCAAAAUGUGCCACGUGACAACGACACUGUCUAUGACUCAGCGACGCCGAUCUCCACUGAGACUGGCACCGAAAUUUAAGGACGAAAAACUUUUCACCUUCUCCACAAAUAUAUCAUUCACUUCUUCUCUCAUGUUCGUGUUUUGUAUUCAUUAUCACAUCACACUACCCAUUUCGCAGUCUUUCAUACCGAUUUGAGAUCUCUUUCUCUUUUCCUCCCAAUUAUUUUCUUCGAACUUUUUUGGUGUAAUUUAACACUCUAGCUUUUUUUUUCGUUCACGUUUUUCCGCAUUGCUUAUCACUUUUAUCUUUCAACCUUUUUAAAGUGCAAACUUUUCUGUGAUAUAGUUGAUCCUUUAAGUCUUUUUGCGGCCCCAAACUCUCUUUCUCCCUGCCUUGUUCUCUUUUACAGUCAUGUUAAUAUGGUAAUAGUUUAAUAAAUUCUGUUUUUUCUUU